AUGUCGGUACAAAAAAAUUUACGUUCUCCAAAGGAGAUAGAAGUAAUUGAAUAUCCUGGUAAUGUUGUAAAUGUAGACAAAAUGCUUGCUACACUUGGUGGCAUUAACAAAAUUUCACAGGCAUUAAGUUCACAGAACACUGCUUUACAACUCAAAUUUCAUCCAGAAAAUCCUUUUAAUAAGCCAGUGCUCUGUGAACCUGUUGAGCAUACUGGCUUCUUGCUUAGUGUAAAAGUUCGUCGUUCUAAGCGCGAUAAGACAAAACCACCAAAAUAUGAAGUAACAAUAUUAGGAAAUACUGUCAGAAGCUUUAUAUUUGAAAAUCUCUGCGAUUUUCAAUACUUACCUUUAGUAAAAGAUGAUAAACAAACAUUAACUUUUCAUAAAGGUUUGGUAAUCUCGAAAUCUGUAACCGAUGUAAAAUACCUCGACAAUAGCAGUUUACCAGGCCUUAACAUACCAAAUGUUUUUGCACGAUCAGAUGUAGUGCAAAUGAAUUAUUUCCGUAACGAACCAGUAGGCGAUGGGCAAAUGGAUGCUUUGGGUGUAUUACAGAAGACUAUAUCCGAUAGUCGUGAUGUGAUUAAUUUUAGUAUGGUUAAUCCUUUCCCAAUACAACCAGACACACAAAUUCUGAAACGAAUGCGCGUAAAAUAUGUUUCAGAUGAGCAGUUUAUACGUGUGAAAAAUCUUUUCGAGGAAUGUCCUAUAUGGACACGUAUUGCUUUAAUAUAUGAGAGUGGCGUUUUAAAUGAUAAACUGAAGUGUAUAACACCUUCGCUUGCUUACUAUUUUGCGAGUGGACCUUGGCGUACACUAUUCGUGCGUUAUGGUUAUGAUCCACGGAAAGAUUUUAAUAGUCGUUUCUAUCAAACAUUUGACUUCCGUAUGAGAUUUCGCUCUGGUGUAUCAGAAUUCUUUUCACAACUUUCAGAUAAGCGUAAGAAUAAACGUACAACAAAAGAUUUAACAGAAAUGGAAUACGAUGAUGAACAAGAUGAUGUUACUUCUCUAGCAAUAGAUGCUAAUUAUCCAUAUUUAGAUGAAGAUAGAAUGCCACGUUCCAAACAGUGCAUAUUAAGGUAUCGUGAUAUUCACAUACCGAGAAUACAAGAAAUGCUUGUUAAGAUACCUUCACCACAAACAGGUGCAAUAUGCAAUGAAAAAACUGGUUGGUUACCACAAGGAUUCGAUAAUCAAGUCCGACAUAUUAUAAGUAAUAAUAUAAGAGAUAUUCUAAGGAAUUAUUAUCGAACACAUAAAGAAGAUGAAGAAAUUAAAGCAAAAAUGGUUGCUGAGAAUAUAGAAAAUGAGGAUGAUAUGCAAUUAGGCGUUGACAUAGAAGAAGCUGAAUAUAUGGACAUAAAUGUAGAAGAAUCAUUAGAAGAUAAUUUUCAACAGUUAAUGGAUGAUUUAGAGGGCUGA